UGAGAUGGAACGCUGCAUAACCCCAAUAUUACGGCUGCGAUUAGCCCUGACCUUUCAUAUUCCCGCAAUAUUGCGCGGUAACGUCUGAAAGUGGCUUCAGAGACCAAUUCUCUUCAGACAUUGUGCAGUCUAGCAGUAUUUACUUUUUAACUGUGACCUUGAAUAAUUUGAUUACCAAGUCAGUGCUCAUUAUCAAUGGCCAACCCUGAGGAAUCUCUAAAAGGUUUUGUUCCAAAGACGUUGAAUAUGGAACCAGAAAAUAAUCUUGAUGUUGAUAAAGCAUUAAAACAAGUACAAGAAAAUGACCCUCAACUAACCAGUCUCAACAUGAAUAACAUUAAGAACAUACCUAUACCUACACUAAUAUCAUUGUCAGAAGCUCUACAUAAGAACACACACCUAAAGACGCUGAGUAUGGCAAGCACACGUCUCAAUGACAGAAUUGCAAAAGUAAGUUACUAUACUACUGUAUAUUUUAUAGUGAUAAAUCACUCAUUUUUAGAAUGAAAGUAUAAGGAGUGC